UGUUUUCAAAACAAGCAUUCACUCACAAUGAGCUACACCCCGAAUCACUCCUAUCGCGGGAACUAUUAUUACAACCCACACUGGGUUCAGGCAAGCGGAGAAAACCCACCACUGCUUGUUUAUGAUAACAUGGUGGAUUUUACAGUGGGACCAGACGGAACACAUUACUUUAAUCAAGUGCAUGAUGGCCCGUUCACCGCGCCACCCACUCAAACUGUCGAGAUUGUGCCGGAUUCUGAUUCAACUGCAAGCGAAGACGCGGCUAAAAGAAAGCCAGGAAAAUCUUACAAAUCUGAUGAUAAAAAGCCUGGAAGGAAAAGAGAUAAAGAACAAGGAAAAGAUGAUAAAAAGUCCCAAGAGACAUCGGAGGGAACUGACUCCUCAUCUGAUGAAGAUAUUUGGGCCACCGAAGAUGAAGAUUGUUGUGAGGAAAACGACUCUGACAGUUCUCAAGACGAGUACAACAGGGGUCCUUCGCGGGAUUACUCGAGGGAUAGAAGGAGGCGACCUUACCAGAAUAGACGAGAUCGCUCUCCCAGAUCACCUCGACAGGAGGUGGACGCGCGUUCAACCAUCGUGUCCCUGGUACCGAGGGAGUUUCAACUGAACUGAUAUUGCAUCGUUGGAGAAUUCUCAAUGAGCUUGUUAGCUUUUCACGUUGACGAGGUGACGCGAAAUCUCGAGCCGCCAUAUUCGGCCUAGAAAUAAAUCGCUCUCCAGCUUUGAUGAAUUGCAUAUUUCCUUUUGAAGCAUUAUUUUUUCAGUUCAUUUCAGUAAUUUUUGUUGUUAAGCACGAAGGAGUUAAAAUGAAUUGAAUAAACUACAAUUGCUGUU